GGGGUGAUGACGUAUCUCCGAACAGUCAACACAGACGCGCACAGUCGGUCCGGACUGAAGCUACAACGGGGCCGAUAUUUCUCUCUUUUUCUGCUGUCUGUGCGCUUUGGCGAUGUGAAAAACAUCAUUCAUACACGGCGGCCGGAAUAGAGUGUUUACACGGCGCAAACGAUUCCGUUCGUGGCGGUUUUGGGGCAUGAGAGCGCGCUCCGGAGUGUGACGCCUGUGUUUAUUCGCGUUCACUGCGACACGGAAAGUGACAGUGCAGGAUUCCUCGUCUUGACAGCUAAAAGACACGACUGGAGCGUCAAACAUUUAGAUUAUUGGCUUAAGGACUCCGUUUUACUACUUUAAUGGUGUUGGUGUAGGACAGCAGGCCGGUGGAGAAAGCCUGAUCAUCAUCACCAUAAUCUUCAUCACCCCUCGGCUUGUUUAUAGUUGCUUUAAAUGCAUCUGUCAGUGCUUAACUUAGUUUUCAACGCGAAUUUACAGUAUUAAUAGUGGACAGGGACGUUAAUAACACAAUGUUUGCUGAUAAUGUGCAUGUGAGACUCUUUUAAUGCGGCUAAAACUGAUUGUGAAAGAUGUUGUAGGUGUCUACAACGUGGAUUGGAGCACUUAAUAUUAAAAACACAGUGAUUUUCCUGAUGCAACCUUUAAAAAUCAUUACCACAGCGACGUAUGAAUGGAGCGAGGGUGUGACAGGCAGUGGCGUGCUCCAGCUCCCUGGAAAUGAGAAAAUGAAUUGCGAGGAUCAAGCUGGAGAGUUGUGCAAUGCUAUAGAUUUGUGUAAUGUGCCUGAUAACACUAUAUCACAUGAAAUCCUUCCUCGUGACGGCCUCCUGCUGAUGGAUGGAGACCAAGGGGAACGGGACGCUGCUGUCCUGGCCAGGUUAAAAGACAUCCAUUUGAAGGAUGAUGAUUCCACAGAGCUCAAAGCACCGCAUAGUCAAAACAAUGGAUCCAUCGCGGUGUCGGCCGACCCUGUUAAUGGUUCUGCCGCUGACCUGAACAAGUUUGAGGAACCGCCGGUGACCAACUGUUCUGUUGGAGAUGCUGGUAAUGAAGCAGGUGAUUAUGAUGAUGAUAGUGAGAUGGAUAUCGGUGUGGAUUUAAGUCUGGAUGAAAAUGGCAUUUUAGAGUUCGAGCCAGCCCAGACUCAAACUGAGGAAAGUGCCUCUCUUUGCGAUAACUCUCUAAUAUCAGAAACUGUCAUAGAACUGCAUUCGCAGACUCCUUCUGAGGAGCGUAGCGUCGAUGUGCCCUCGGAGACGGUCUCCACGGCUGCCACACCGGGCGAGGGAGUUGGGAUUAAGCACGGGUCAAAGAGGGUGACCUUUCCAUCAGACGAGGACAUCGUCUCUGGUGCGGUCGAGCCGAAGGACCCUUGGAGACACGCCCAGAAUGUGACGGUGGAGGAGAUUCUGAAUGCCUACAGACAAGCAUGCCAGAAGCUCAACUGCAAACCAAUCCCAAAAGUGCUCAAACAGAUACAGUCAUCUUUAUACUGCAAAGGUGGAACAGAAGCUGCAUCUGACAUGGACUUAAAAGACCUGACACAGCGAAAUGAGUGCCUAGACCUCAAAGGAGAGAAGCUGGACUAUAAAUCGUGUGAAUCUCUGGAGGAGAUCUUUAAGAGGGUUCAGUUUAAAGUAGUAGAUCUGGAACAGACCAACUUGGACGAGGACGGAGCAUCAGCUUUGUUCGAUAUGAUAGAGUACUAUGAAUCCGCCACUCAUCUCAACAUCUCCAGCAACAAGCACAUCGGCACCCGCGGCUGGCAGGCCGCCGCACACAUGAUGAGGAAGACGAGCUCUCUGCAGUACCUGGACGCCCGUAACACCCCACUCUUGGACCAUUCGGCUCCGUUCGUGGCCAGAGCGCUGCGGAUCAGCGGCAGCCUGGCGGUCUUGCACCUGGAGAACGCCGGCAUCUCAGGACGACCGCUUAUGCUGCUGGCCACGGCACUGAAGAUGAACAUGAACCUCAGAGAGCUGUAUUUGGCAGACAAUAAGUUGAAUGGUCUGCAGGAUUCGGCUCAGUUGGGGAAUCUGCUGAAGUUCAACUACAACAUCCAGAUUCUGGACCUGAGAAACAAUCACAUACUAGACUCAGGGCUGGCGUAUAUAUGUGAGGGUCUCAAGGAGCAGAGGAAGGGUUUGGUCACUCUGGUGCUCUGGAACAACCAGCUCACACACAAUGGCAUGGGCUACCUGACCGCCGCUUUGCCGUUCACUCAAAGCUUGGAAACAUUGAACCUGGGCCAUAAUGCAGUAGGGAACGAAGGAGUGCACAAACUGAAAGAUGGACUUGUAGCAAACCGGUCCAUCCUCAGGCUGGGUCUGGCCUCCACCAAACUCUCCUGUGAAGGAGCGGUCGCUAUAGCAGAGUUCAUCGCGGAGAGUCCGAGGCUCCUCCGGUUAGACAUGCGGGAGAAUGAAAUCAAGACCGGGGGCCUCAUGGCUCUCUCCCUUGCCUUUAAAGUCAACACAUCUCUGCUCCGACUCGACCUGGACCGAGAGCCCAAGAAAGAGACGGUGAAGAGUUUCAUUGAGACACAGCGCGCCCUGCUGGCAGACAUUCAGAAUGGCUGCAAGAGAAACUUCAUCUUGGCCAAAGAGAAGGAAGAAACAGAACAGAAAAUGAGACAGUCAGCUUCAAUGCCAGAAAUUGCCACAGAGGACCAAACUCAGGAGGAUGAAGAUGCAUCUGCUGAGAAAAGCGAGGAAGAAAAUGCUGCCGUUCAGAAAGACGCAACCAAGGAGGAUGUAUCUGAGAAUCAAGAAGUCAAAGUUCAAGAAGCGACACUGCAAGACGACUCCGACUCGGACACUGAGGAUGAGGACAUAGUGGAUUCGUCGAAUGCUUCUGCAAAGACCACAUCUCCCAUACCGAUUCCUGCAAUAAACACCUGUAAGGUCGUGCCCUUAGCACCGCCGUUACCAGGAUCUCCAGCCGUCAUUUCGGGAAUUACGGUGACCGAAGCCAACGUUGCUUCCGGAGCCCCAUCAUCUCCUGGCCGCUGUUUCUCUGUGUCUAGCCCCGGCAGAGGACACAAAAUCUUUAUGGUAACACGUGUGGAAAGCCCUCCGGAGCAGCAACAGGUGACUGCAUUGCCGAAAUUUGUCCGCGAGAGGGCGGUAGAGAGCCAAACAUCUGCAACACCAACACAAACCCAUAUAAAAGCACCUUCACAACCGCCUGAUCAGGAAUCAACACAACAGUCUGAGCUCAGUGCGUUAACAUCACAUGCAGAAACAACACCAGUGCUCAACACAUCAACGUCUUCACUUGCGGACGAGCAGGAGAAUGUGACUCAUUCUGAUAAAGUUCAGUUUGAGCAGCAAGCUUCAAUAUCGGGAAGCGCGCAGGAACCAUUUGAAAGCCAAAUUAGACUUGAUCAGACUCACUUAGUGCAGCAGUUACCAGUAGAUACAACGACAAAAAAACCACAAGAGACACAAAAUACCAGUGAGGAGGACCAGCAGGACGAGCAGAUCCAGGAAUCAAGUCCCACCCACACAGAGCCAUCAGUGUCAGGACAAUCCCGGGAUGGGACGCCAAAUCCUGAAGAGCAGCAAGAGCUGCAGCCUUCACUGGAGGUCACAGAUGGUCAUGAACUCCUAGAUACGGAGGGCUGUAGUGCUCAAGCGGGAUCUUCUGAUGAAGAAGCCGAAGGUUGUCCGGUUAUGAGCGCGGGAGCAGUGCUUCCCAACGGGCUGAAGCCAGAAUUUGCCUUUCACCUGAUCGAACCAGAGGGCCUCAAACCAGCCAGCUGCAUUAUGGAGCAUGUGAGCGUGACUGCGGAGCUGAGCUGCGGGCAGGAUUUAGAGGAGCUUCUCCUUGAUGCGAGUCUGGACACCAGCAGAGAUGCACCAUAAUGCUGUAACCUAGGAUCCACACGUGUAGUGAAAACCAGAAGGGCCGGUUUGUUCUUGCCACAUGGCAUUUGCUCAUAUUCCUCUGGACUCUUUCCAUCUUUCUCUUGUGUCUUUUCCACAAAUUUUCAAAACAACACGGAGAACUUCCCUGAAAUGUCCAACCUUAAAAAAAUUAUAUUGAAAUUACGAAAACCUGUGAUUGGUUACUUUGCCGUAAAGUUGUUCAGUAUGUUCGUUCAGCGAUGGUGUUCUUCAAAAACACAGUUACCAAAGACACACACGCGGAGAAACACAAACUUUUCGCUAACCGGCGACCUUCUUCUGUUCCACCCCUUUAUGCUGUUGGCGCGUCACUGCUCACCGUCGCCCCCUCGUGGACUGGAGGUUGUAAUGCAGUAGAAAGACUGACCAGCUGGAACACUUUGAGCAAAGACAUUGAGGCAUUGGUUUUGGCUUUCGGAUCUUGUCGGGCAGGCGGAAGUUGUUUAGCGAGUGCCUCGUCGCACUCGAGUGUAUGUGUGCGUUUGUCAUUAUUAUUGUCUCAUUAACACAAAAAAAGGACUUACCAAAGUGGCACGCAUCCGCUUUUCGUUUGUUCCUGCUGCUGCUCAGGAAUCGGUCAAAACAUCCACUUCUGAUCUCACCAGGUUCCCUCCAUCAACCAGCACCUCUGAAGCCGCGAAAGCGCUUUGAAACCUGCGUGAACAUGUGGAUCAAUCGAUAAUUGUUGAUCUUUAGCGAAUCAUCUGAACGAUCCAGAUGAUUUGGAAAACACAGGCGAAUGAAUUGUACAAUUUUCACUCUUUCUCUCCCACACACACAAAUACUCAUUCUGUCUUCCAUCGGUAACCCUGUGUGUCUCCAUACGUACUCAUCCGAAGACAGGACAUGCCUUUAAACCUUUUUUCAGCUCUUUAUUCUAGCUGCUUGGCUGAAUCAGUUGAUAUUUAUUUUAAACAACCCGAGUCUGUUGUGUGAUUUAGUUUUUUUUUUUUUCCUCCCCGUCUUUUUUUUUUUUUUUUUUUUUUUAAAGCUGUUGUUGUGGGAUUUCCCCCCCUUUGGUGUAUAUUUUCAGAUUCUAUAAAGAGCAAAUAUUAAGUUUAAAGUUUUUUCCUAUUUUGAUUGGUUGGGGUUUGGGAAAGGGGUAGGGCUCUGUUGAUUUAUAUAAAUGGGGGUGGAGCUCUGGGAGAGUAUAUUAUGUAAAUCAAGAGUGUGUUUGGGCAUGAAAGCCGCCAUUUACAAUGAGGCAGUAGAAGUGCCGGACCACAAGACUUCAUGAAGAAAACACUAAACUUGUGUGAAGCUACUGCCGCCGGAGACACUAGAGACUAAACUUUACCUCAAAAGAUGUCACCAACGUUGGACAAAUGAGAAGCUUGUGACAUCGAAGCGAGGCUUGACCCGAUAAAUGUAGUACUUGCCACCAUUCCAGGCUCUGUGGUUGGUGCUUUUCGGUUCCUCUCUCUCUCUGUUUAACGUCUGGUUGAUGUUGACUCUGACUUUGAAAGCAGACGUCUAUCUGCCAGGCUUCAGAGAAGCUUUGCCUCUACAUCCAGAUCGUCUUUGACCUUGAAAUCAACACUUCUGUGCCCCCAACCCGAUGUUUGUAAUGCUUUAUUUUUAGUCAUUUUUAAAAUUACCUGUUAAAUUAAUCAAACUGUACUGGUAACACAAAGAGAUGUGUAUGGCUUUUUCCCUCUCAAAUAAAUGCAUGUAAUGACAAAA